AUGAACUGCAUUUGUUGCACCAUCCCGAAACCACAACACACACACACAUUGCCCACACCUCCAGCACCAUCCUCAAACCACAACUCACACACACAUUGCCCACGCCGCCGACACCACCCCGAAGCCUCAACUCACACACACAUUGCCCACGCCGCCGACACCACCCCGAAGCCUCAACUCACACACACAUUGCCCACGCCGCCGACACCACCCCGAAGCCUCAACUCACACACACAUUGCCCACGCCGCCGACACCACCCCGAAGCCUCAACUCACACACACAUUGCCCACGCCGCCGACACCACCCCGAAGCCUCAACUCACACACACAUUGCCCACGCCGCCGACACCACCCCGAAGCCUCAACUCACACACACAUUGCCCACGCCGCCGACACCACCCCGAAGCCUCAACUCACACACACAUUGCCCACGCCGCCGACACCACCCCGAAUCCUCAACUCACACACACAUUGCCCACGCCGCCGACACCACCCCGAAUCCUCAACUCACACACACAUUGCCCACGCCGCCGACACCACCCCGAAUCCUCAACUCACACACACAUUGCCCACGCCGCCGACACCACCCCGAAUCCUCAACUCACACGCAUUGCCCAAGCCCCCAGCACCCCGAAUCCUCAACUCACACGCAUUGCCCAAGCCCCCAGCACCCCGAAUCCUCAACUCACACGCAUUGCCCAAGCCCCCAGCACCCCGAAUCCUCAACUCACACGCAUUGCCCAAGCCCCCAGCACCCCGAAUCCUCAACUCACACGCAUUGCCCAAGCCCCCAGCACCCCGAAUCCUCAACUCACACGCAUUGCCCAAGCCCCCAGCACCCCGAAUCCACAACUCACACGCAUUACCCACGCCGCCGACAACACCCCCGAAGCGUUAACCCACACAUUACCCACGUCGCCGACACCACCGAGAAAUUUCAGCUAA